UGAUAGAGCUAAAUGUUGUAUACGAUCUCGUGGGUCAAUGUUGGCCAUAGGCCCCAGUGAGUACGUACCCAGGAGAACACCAACACCCACUCUACCUGAUUGGUUAUUCAGAAACCGGACGGAGUUUGAUUAAUGCUUGUGAUAAGGACUCAGACUUUUUUGUGAUGCCGGGCUACGACUUAAAGGUUAAUGGUGAAUACGCCCGGAUCGAGUCCCUCGAGUGCUCCUCAUGCAGACUGAUACUGAGAGACGCUAUACAAAAUGAAGAGGGUCAGAGGUUUUGUAAGAGCUGCUGGGAAGAAGCAAUUUCCUCUGGUUCGAAAGCUCAAAAAUUGGGGAUUGAUCCAUCUGAAGAAAUACACCCUGAUAUUGCUGUUAGAAGAGAGAUAUACAGGCUCCCAGUUUUAUGUGAGAACUAUGAGAAUGGAUGUGAAUGGACUGGGAAACUUCAAGACCAUGAGCAUGAUCACAAAGCUAUCUGUGAGUAUAAAACCAUGAGAUGUACUCUUGGCUGUGGUAAAAGAAUCCCUCUUGGAAAGUUGAGAAAACAUGAACAAGAAGAGUGUCCAUUUCGAAAAAUUGAUUGCCGACAUUGCAGAAGUGAAUUGUUAGCCGGAGACUAUAAUGAUCACAUAUUGAACUGUCCUAAUGCUCCUUAUACUUGUGGUCAUUGUCACACUGAAAUGCCAAGAAGUGAAAUGGAUAGUCACAUCUUACUUAACUGCAGAGAACAACUGUCUUGCUUUGGAUGUGAUCAGCAGAUACACAGAAGUCUAGCAAAGCAUCCAAAUCCUAUAAAUCAUUUGGAACGUGAUCAACUCUUCGUGCAUCUCCAAAUGCUAGGACUGGCUAUCAAGAAAACGCAGACACAAUUAAAUGUAGAACUGAAGGAGAUUCGAAAAGAGCUUAAAGAAUUUACUGAAAGCACUUCAAUAUUCAGGGAUAAUAUGAUUGAUGAGAGUUCCUCAUUAACAAAACAAGUAAAAAAACUCGAAGAGCGUCUUAAAGGAGAACCUUCAAACCAAAUUAUACUGGAAUUACAAGAAAGUGUUAAGCUACUAGCUGAAAGAGUUAGUAAGGUCGAAUCUGGAGCAAGCUACCGUCCUCUUAACCAGGGCUUUGAUGACAUGUCAACAAGUGACAGCAAAAUGGGAGGAUCCGUGGAGCACAAAUUAGCAGAGCAAGAAAGGACGUCUGGGAUGUUAAAAGUUCAUUUGUCAGAGCUCGAAUUACAAUUACAAGCUUCUCUUGCUUCUACCUACAAUGGCUCAUUUUUGUGGCGCAUACCUGAUGUCAAACGAAGGAAAAGAGAUGCCAUUGAGGGGAAAAUCACGUCAAUCUAUAGUCCACCUUUCUACACUGGACGAAAUGGAUAUAAGAUGUGUAUUCGUGCCUAUCUCAAUGGAGAUGGAAUCGGAUAUAAUACUCAUUUAUCCAUUUUUUUCGUCUUGAUGAAAGGUGAAUAUGACCCAUUAUUGAAGUGGCCUUUUGAUUACAAAGUUUCUUUAAUCAUGGUGGAUCAAGACCACAAGAGGCACAUUGUGCAAACUUUCAAGCCGUCUCCCAGUUCCAGUAGCUUCCAGAGACCAAAAUCAGACAUGAACAUCGCCUCUGGGUGUCCAAAGUUUGCUGAGUUAAAAAUCCUUGACAAUGAAUCAUACGUAAAAGAAGAUGUAAUGUAUGUUAAGGCUAUUGUGGACACCACUAGGAUUUUCCAUCCUUAAAAAUGGAUUUUUAAUUAGGUUGGUGUCCACAAGAUACUGGUAUAUCUAGUAUACCAGUUAGGCCUGUAUGUACGCACAUUUUGCAGAUGAUCCAUGAUUAAAAUUUUCUUAAAAGUUAAUAAAUAAUCUA